AUGAAUGUCGAUGAGGAUGCUGGGAAGAGAAUCGUUAUCUACUAUUGGAACUACAAAUUCCCCCACGGAAGUCAGUGUGCAGUUAAGAACUGUCAUGCGACCCAGCGCUUUCACUUCUGGGAGGAGGAGGACAAGGACGAGGAGGACGAGGAGGAGGAGGAGGAGGAGGACGAGGAUGACAAGGAGGACGAGGACAACGAGGAGGAGGAGGAGGUGAAGGAAAAGGAAGAAGAGGAGGCAGAAGAGGAGGCAGCGGGGGCAGAGGGAACACAGCGGGGAGAGGAGGGGCUCAGCGAGGACCAGGAAAACCUGGACCCCUUCUCUGAGCUGUUGGACGAAGAGGGCCUUUGGAAGGCCAUGAACAUCAGUGAAGGCCUUGAACCAAAAUUUCGUCCGCGUCUAACUAGCGUGCGCAGCCCCAGCCUGAGCACCACACCCCCGCCCAGCGAGCUGUCCAGCCCCCUAUGGUGCGAUGAGGGACCUGUGUUAACCAGCGAGGCCUCUCCGUCUCCUUCCAGCAGCGCCUCAUCCCAUAAAAGUUACCCUAAAAUAUUUCAAACAUUUAAGAAAGACUUGUCUGAAGCGCCUAUAGAUAGAGACUUGCACAGGUGGCUUCCACAGAGGAUUCAGACAUCAGUACAAACAGAAGAAAGUUGGCUUCAAGAAAUUUCCGCUAUAAAAAUUGCAGCAAAAGAAUCCCUUGAAACAAAGAAAGAACAAGAAAGUCUGGCUUCUGCGCUAAGAGGAAAAUGGAUAAUUAAUCCUGAAGAGCCCAAACUACGGGCUUUUUGUGAGAUGGAGUUUAAAGAAGAAUUCAUAAAAUUGUUUGAAUCUCCUCUAAGGACAUUACCUAGCAUUGGGCCACCGACCAUUCUGGCAUACAGAAAAGAUCAACCCUAUUUGGACAUCAAGGUCAAGGAUGAAGAAGACCUGGUACCCACGUGUGAAUUUUGCGGAAGUGAGAUACUAUCAUUUCUUGCUAAUAUAGACAUUUGUUCUGACAACACUCUCACUAAACAAAAAGGCUACUGUUGUCUUCAGUUACAAAAUCUUCUUGAUUAUAUCAAUGAGGAAAGGCUAAACAUCAAAAGCCCUGAUGUGGAAUUAAUCAGUAUUACGCCUCAUGCAUCCCGUGGCAGUGAAGUCGAUAUACUCAAGGCAAAGGAAAAAGCUCUGCAGAGAAAACAAGAGCGUCAAAUGGCUAGACAUUUUGCCAUAUUAGCUGCUGAACCGAGCACCACGGAACCUGAUGAAGACCCGAAGCAUUUGAAAACAAUUUCCUUCCAGCUCUCUGUGGAUGUGGCCCCAAAGGUGAGCACUGAGGAGGAAAUCGACCUUCAGAUCAGCACCGCCUCCAUCACCUGCUGUGACUCCAGAAAGACGUGUGGGAAGGAUAUAAGGAACGAGCUCCUGGAGAAGUAUUACAAGCACGGAAGCAAGUUUCUCACUUCCUUUCCAGACGGGACAACGCAAAUAUUCUAUCCAUCUGGAAAUCUAGCCAUUAUCCAAGUGCCCAACAGGAUAAAUGGUUUUACUUGUAUUAUCCAGGAAGACACGCCCACCAACCCCGCUAUUCUGGCAUUGCUGGACUCCUCUGGCAGGAGCUCCUGCUACCACCCCAAUGGAAAUGUCUGGGUAUACAUCAACAUCUUGGGAGGCCAAUACUCAGAUCAAGCUGGCAAUAGAAUACGAACUUGGAACUGGUCAAGUUCCAUGCCUUCCUCAUCCUUCGUUUCAUUUAAACCGGUCUUUUUGGCUCUGAACCGUUUCAUUGGCAUUCGCAUCCUAGACCAAGACAAGGUCUCUGUUAAUUUUCUAGCAAUGGGCCAACAGGCGAGAAUCAGCGUUGGAACCAAAGUCAUGCUCCACAACCUAGAGGAGAUCCCAGCCCUGAGGUUCCUGAGUGGAGAUGACCUGCUGCUGUUGGCUAGCUUAAUAAAGAUCCGGCGGCUGCUCCAUAAGCUGGAAGGGUGCAUGAAUUUCCCCUCGAGUCAAGCUUGGGAGAAGCUAAAGCAACCUUCCUACCUUUCUUCACUCUCUCUAAAACUGCUUGCCCUCUGCCAUAAUGCCGGUGUAAAAGAGAAUAUAUUGGAAACAAUUACAAAUCUAAUAAACGAAAAAGAUUAA